UUUAAGGGGUUUUAGCAUACAGAAAUAUUACGAUUAGAUCCAUGUAUUGUGCAAUAUAUUUCAUACAAAUAAUUUUAUCUGAAAUAAUAUUACUCAUUGUCUGACAAAUUUCCAUAACUAUGUUCACAACUAUGUAAAUUUGAUUCUUAGAAGGCAGUAAAAACCUGAAAAUAUUGUGAAAGUUGAAAAAGUUUGAGUAAUGAGACUGUGUUAGAUUACAUGAAUUAUUAGAAAUUAUUGAUGGAUCUUAUUAAUAGAAAUUCUUUAUCCAAUAUUGAUGGAUCUGUCAAAAGCAUUUGACUGUCUGAAUCUUGACCUAAUGAUUGCUAAACUCAAUGCUUAUGGUUUUAGUAGAAGCACCUUGAAUUUCACAUUAUCGUACCUUAGCCAGAGGAAACAAAGAGUCAAAAUAAACGGCUCUUUCAGUGGAUGGAAAACCACAAGUGUAGGUGUGCCACAAGGAUCAGUUUUGGGACCUCUCUUGUUCAAUAUAUAUAUAAAUGACAUGUUCAUGUUUAUAUCAAAUAGCCAAAUAUGCAAUUAUGCUGAUGACACAACGCUCUAUGUCAUCCACCAAGACAUUAAGCAGGCUAUUAAAAUACUAGAACAAGACGUGGUUAUUUUAGAGAAUGGUUUCAAAAUAAUUAUAUAAAAAUGAAUGAGGACAAAUGCCACCUUAUAAAUUUUGGUGGCAAUUUAUAAACUUUGUAAGGUACAAAUGCCACUUUACAAAGGCAGCAAUGACACUUCUCUGAAAAUAGAUGAAACGAUAAUUAAACCAAGUAAAGAAAAAAAACCUCUUGAUAUAAGUAUUGAUAAUAAUUUGUCGUUCAAAGGACACAUACAAUCGAUAUGCAAAAAGGCCUGCCAAAAGCUACAUGCUUUAUCCCGAAUCUCCAACUACAUGGAUGAUAGAAAAGUAAAACAGACCAUGCACGUCUUCAUUAUAUCACAAUUUAGCUACUGCCCUUUAAUUUGGAUGUUUUGUGAUCGACAAAUGAGCAACAGAAUAAACAGAAUUCAUGAAAAGUCUUUGCGUCUUGCCUAUGAUGACUAUGAAUCAAGCUUUCAAACUCUUCUUGAAAAAGACAACUCGACGUCUAUCCAUGAUAAAAAUCUGCAAUUGCUUCUUACAGAAAUAUAUAAAACUUUACAUAAUCUCAACCCAAGUUUCAUGAAAGAAAUCUUUACUGAAAGAAAUACAUGCUAUAAUCUUAGAAACAUAUCCCGAAUAUCGCUAUCAAAACCAAAAUCAAAUUGUUAUGGUAUAGAAAGUACAACCUUUAUGGGAUCCAAGCUCUGGCAAGAGCUUACAAAUGACAUUAAAACAUCUUCUAGCCUCGCAAUAUUUAAGAAAAAGAUUAAAACUUGGAAAGAUACAAAAUGCAACUGCAGACUAUGCAAACCUUACGUUGCGCAGAUUGGAUUCUUGAAAUAGUCAUCAAAUAAUUGUAUAUUUUCUAUCUAAUGAGUCACCCUUUUAAUUUUGUACAUUUCCUAUAUCAUUUUAUCCAUUCAUUGUAAUUAAUUUAGGAUUUGUAGAUGUAGUAUAAAUAGUAGGCUUUAAUUAGCUGUUAUAUUAGCUAAAAAGUUUUGCUUCACCUACUGUAAAUAAUUUUAUAAUAAUAAUAAUAAUAAUUAUUAUUAUUAUUAUAAUAAUAAUUAUAAUAAUCUGGAAAGGUUGAAUAAAGCAGUAUUCCAAGUAAUAAGUGACACUUUUAGCUUAAAAUAUGGGAUAAUCUACUAUCUGAGUCAAAUCGCCAAACACCUUUAAUACGUUUGACACCCCGCCCUCUUCCGUUAGUCUUAACUUGAUUACCUUCUAAAUCAGGGUUAUCCAAUCUUUUUUCAAGGAGGACAACUUUCAGAUUCAGGUAAUAACUGGAGGGCCACUAAUAUAUUUAUAUAUAUCAUUGCAAGAUGCCUGUCUGUUUGGUAGCUGCAAGAUGCUUGUCUGUUAGGCUCCGUUUAUCACGGGAACGAUUGCGUACCAUUCCAUAUCCUUCCGUUCUAAAAAAGUGGCGUGCUCACACGGGAACAUUUUUAAUCAUUCCGUUUAGGGAUACGGAAAAUGGAACGGUAUGCAAUCGUUUCGUUCCCGUGUGAACAGGUGAACUGGUCCGAACUGUUGCAUUGUUUAUAUGGAAAUACAGACAUGCGCAUUGGUAAACUCUUUGUUCAAAUUGUAACACAACACAGAAAGUGAUCAGAACGAGUGUGUUCCCGCGUGAACAGAAGAAAAACUAUUGUACGUGAACGUGCCGUUCCCGUCUGACCAGUUUUUCAAAUAUUUAUAACCCUAUUGGAAAGGCAUUUGAACCCUUGGUCUGCUUCUGAAAUCAGUUAUCAUACUUUUUUAUUUGUAUGUGCCCCCAAAAAUAAAAGUAAAUCUUUGGCCUCAGCGCGGGCCACAUCAGCCAAUAUUACGGGUCACAGUUUGGAAAAGUCUGGUCUAAAAUCUACAUUUCACUUAUGCGUCUAUAUAGCCAUCUCUAAUUGAGUCAGAAGUGAAGGCGGAACUGACUUGACCUUUAAGUACCUUCUCUGCUACUCUUUUUGCUUAGUUGAUAAAUAUUUUACUAAAGACGGCCUGCUGUUGUAGCUUAAAUGGGCUUUCGUGUAGGAUGCAUCAGUCGGGUUCAGGGCUACCCUCAUCCGAUCAUCGAGCAAUCACCCCAUCCAAAACGUGCAGGCAAAAUGCUAGCCCCGUCAGGGGUUAGAGUGUUAACGUAAGGCUUGAGCUGAUUAAAAACAAGGAAGAAACACCAGCAGAAACUUCAACCAUGACCAACUCGAUCAACCAAGGGUGGCAAUUUAAUCGGUUAAAAACAAACCGAAUCAUCGCCAUUACAGGUUCAUUGAUCAAAUUACUCAACAUCGAACACGAUCUUAUUCUACUAUUUCGCUUCUGAGAGACAUAAGAAAUACGUUGAAGACGAUAGUAUUUUAUAAUAAAAUACGCUCUCAAACUAUUAAAAGCUCUUUAAAACUAUAAACGAAGGAUAUAAACAGCCUCAAGAAGAUGGACCCCGAGGACGAGGAUCUCGAGCAUCGCGAAAGCUGCGUUCAAGUCGCCAAGGACUGCUGCUGCGGCAUGCCGUCACGAAUCAACCGAAAACUUCUCGUAUCCAAAGGCUUUUACUUCUUCUUCUGGUCCGCAUACGGUUCGUUUUUCCCAUUACUGGGUGUUUAUUUCAAACAAAUCGGAAUGAAUCCAAGCCAAAGCGGUCUGCUAGUUGGUUGUCGUCCUCUGAUCGAGUUCAUCAGCGCGCCAAGUAUGGGUUCUCUUGCAGAUCGACUUAACGUACGAAAAGUAAUGUUGCUUUUCAAUAUAGUAUGCUGGAUGUCUUUUGUAUUUCCAUUCGCGUUCAUCAAACCAUCGGACAACACAUGUCAUAGAUACAUGCUACUGGCAAAAAAUUUAACCGAAAUUGUAACUAAAGAGACUUCAGAAGUGCAACAGUUGCUGAAAUCGAACAACCCCGAUGUGCCGAAAAUUAUCCCUCAUCGGAAAGGCACUGUUGUUUUUAGUGAAGAAAGUAUCCACAAUGUAUUUUGGCUACUUCUUUUUCUCUCGCUUGUCGGAGAAUUCUUCGCCUGUCCAGCGACGACUUUAGCGGAUACGGCGACGCUAAACUACCUCGGAGAAAACAAAGAAAAGUACGGGCGACAACGUAUGUUCGGUAGUUUAGGAUGGGGCUCGGCUAUGUUGGUCGUUGGACUUGUUAUCGAUAGCAUGCCGAGUUAUGUUGUGUGCGGCGUUACUAUUAGCAAAGACUACACGUAUUGCUUCUAUUUUUUUCUCGGUUACAUGAUUAUCGCUUUGGCUGUUUCGACAAGAUUCACCUUCAAGAAUGAACAUGAAGACGAUAUCAUCCGCGGAACACCAAAGGAUGUCAUUAAAUUAUUUCUUGACUGGAGGUAUAUGGUUGUGAUAUUUGUUGCAUUCUAUGCUGGUCUAGGCAUGGGCCUAGCAAGAGUGUUUUUGUUCUGGCAUUUGGAAGACCUCGGGGCACCUCCAACCCUGUUUGGACUUUCAUCAGCACUUGACCAUGUAGCAGAAACAGUUACUUACUUUUUCACAGAAACAAUCAUACACUACAUUGGUCAUGUAGAGGUGAUAUGUUUUGGUCUACUGGCUAAUUUCUUUCGCUUCAUCGCAAUUUCCAUGCUUGUGAACCCAUGGCUGAUUCUGCCACUUGACAUUCUCCAAGGCUUUGCGCACGCAGGAGUAUGGGCUGCACUUACAAGUUAUAUGGGUCGUGCAGCUCCCCCCGGUUAUCGCGCAGCCGUUCAAGGGAUACUUCAAGGAUUCUAUUAUGGGCUCGGUAGAGCAGUUGGUGCUAUUGUAGGUGGAGUUCUCUCUCAUUCCCUAGGCACGGACAAAACCUUUCGAUACUAUGGUUAUGGCAACAUGCCAAUUUUGAUUCUGUUAUUUGUUGUUGUGAAAUUCAGCUUGAGAAAACAAAAGCAAACAGAAGAACAAAGUAAGGAAGAAACGGAGAAUAGCUGCGAAGGAGGAGAGAUACCUGUAUUCAAAAAGGCUACGAGCGAGCAACUGUCUCUUGAUGUUGGUGAGCAAUAUCAUCGCUCGGUGAAGGGUUCUCUCUCAAAAAAUAGCUUGCCUUCUUAUUAGUUGAUUCUAAAAUAGUCCAGAAGAACAUCAAACUAACGAAGUUUUGCAUAUAUCGUGACAAUAUCCUUUCAGUUCUACUUUACGCUAGAAACUAAUCAACUACAUUCAAGAAUACACUUCAGAUCAUACGAAUUCAAUAAAAAAGAUCAUGCUUUUCCAGAAAAUUAUUCUUAAAGUAUUCAUACUGAGUUAAAACUCUUUCAGGUUUUUUCGAACAUUGGUAAAGAGAAAAGUCUUUCAAUUUCAAUUGGAAGGGCAUUUUCCAUUAUUUUAGAUCGACUUUGGAAUGCAUAAUAAAUCUUGAAGCUUUGUUAAUGUGAUAAUGCAGUUUAUAAUGACCUAGGGUAAACACGCAGGAAUUUAGGCCCACUGUUCCAAACAGUAAGCUCGCAACAAUUUUCGACUAAUGAUAAAAUCGUUCAUAGCCCAACGAAAGGCAUCUGCAGGUACGAUAUUCGGGCUUUCUUACUAAGGAGAGAAAGAAAGCAUUACUAGAAAUGCUAGCAUAUCAAUGUCUGUGUUAAGAGCUUAUUUAGGAAUGCAUAGAAAUGUAUAAGGUGCAAUGAAGGCAAAGCACCCUUGCCUUACUAUCGAUAAAACAAUCACAUUGAUCGAUUUUUCCAUUGCUUUGCUAUAAAUUUCUAGCUGUUAGAAUUCUAUUAUUUGCUCUAAAACUUAUGAUAAGAAAUAGAAAAGUCUGACGUUAAGCCUCAUUGUACCUUAUAGUUUCUGAUUGUUUCUGAUAUACCUUUAAACAGAAGAAACUAACUUACGUUUUCAAUGUAAAGCUCAAUUGGCAUUUCCAGUGUCUAGAAAAAUAGGCAUCUUAUUGUCAUAAUGCACGCACUUAAAGACAUAUCUAACUCGUAGAAGUAUAAUACAAUUGACUGAAUAUCAAGUAAGUUCAAAAGAUUAAUAGUUUUUUAUCAAUACUGAUGCAAAAACGGGUUUUAGAGCUAUCUCUCUUUUAUAAGCAUGGCAGGAUUCGCUACAACGUAUUUUGAUUUUAAUUACUUGAUGACUAAUGAGCGACACCUAUACUGUUACAAUUGUCGCAUGGGCAGGACGAGCCCUUUUCUACCCAUCAACGUCUAGACUGUGCCUUUACGUAGUGUCCUAGCAGAAAAGGUUCUACCUCGUUCACCGACAUGUCCUACGUAGACAAUUUCUCAAACCUAGUCAAAACCCAGUUGAUAGAACAUUGAUAGCUAUUUCGUGAAACCAGACGUAGAAUUACUUUAAAUACAGCUGGUCCUGAUGAAAUUCGGUGAAAAUUGUAUGAAUUGUACUGUAGAAUAUUGUUACUAUAGCAACAAGCGCCCUGAGCUCCGAUUUCUAAAUUCUAAACUUGCAGUAUAACAAACAGUGCGAACAGCAUUCAUUAUCAUCCCACCCCUGUCACCACCAAAUUUGUUUUAUGAGAAUUAUGAAGGGAUUCCGGCUACUGGCGAGAGAAUUAGUUACUACAUACAGGUGGAAUAGCAUUUGAUAUAAAUAAUUAUCAUGUAAACCAAUUGAGAACAAACAAAAGAACAAAAAAGAGCUAAAAUCAUCAUGUUUCUCCGAGUUCAUUUUCCUACAUCGCAGUGUUGCAUUCAACUAUCAUAAUAAUUUUGGCGCACUUAAACUCUAUUGGCCCUUUUGUUAUGAGCACUUUCUUCUUAUAGCCUUAAAUGCAAUCUACAUACACUAUCCACAAUUUCUUUAACGGAUGGUUUAGAAGAGAUUGUGAAUAAGAGGAAAGUAAAUAAGCAAUGCCCAAGGAAACACUACAAUGCUAGAGAUGUUUAGGGCCUUUUUGCAGCCUGCAGCCAUCACGUUUCUUUGUAAACAACAGCAUCACCAUUUUAGCAAAAACGAGAUCGUCAUCAGAAUAUCACGAAAUCUGCAAAUCCAAAUUGUCCCAUUUUAGUUUUGUCUUUUUUUUGUUCAAAGUCGUUAGAAUUUAGAGAUUUUCGACUUUUUCAAUUAUGCAGAGAUGUGCUCACUUCACAUUUACAAAUCGCGAUAUACCCGUUCUGUUGUAUUGCAUAUGCUAACGAAAAUCACUUUAAAAGGAAGUUUUUUACUUAUUUUUAAUGGCAAUAACUUAACUUAUAACCAACAAGAAGUUAAAAAGGUCAUACAGUCUUUUAAAUGCCGGUAAGAUAAGAUAAAACGACAUGCCAUUGUUCAUUUUAUACAAUCUUAGCAAAAUGUCGUCUUUCUGGGAGAGUCUUCGCUCAUUCAUUAAGCAUGCCUUUCCUUGAGGUUUCCAUGAAAAACAUUCUUCUCAAAAAUGUGGAGAAGAUAGAAACCUUGACCUUUGUUGCUGAGAGAUUUGCUCAUUGGCGAUUCAAAAGUUAAAUAAAUCUCACAAUGAUAAAAACUUGGGGUUAGUGGCUCUCACUUUCUGAAUCAGCGGCAACAACACAGGCGGAAAUUGAUAGUUUUUACCCAGAGGAUCGCGCGACCUCAAUAGUAACAGCCUCAAUAGUAACAGAAAAAGUGGAAGAUCAAAGCAACACUGUAUAUAUAAAAACUUCUUUCUUGCUUUCUUUGUGUUUUUUACCUAGUGGUUUCUAGCUACAAUUAAAAGCAAAAUUCAAAAUUUGGAUGUUUUUCUUGUGUCUGUGCUAUUUUCAUAGCAGUAAAUGUGCAAAUUAAUCAAGGGGCUUUUAAGCAACAUUUUCAUUCGACAAGUUGUUUAACAGAAGCCAAAAAAUAAAGAACAAUAGGAACUAGGCCUUGGGCUGGUUUCUUUAUAAAAAAAGUUUGUGAUACAUGAUUCUGAUACAUGCAAGAAAACUCUUAUAAGAGUUGAUUGAUAGCGCAUCAAAGGAAAGUGCAUUGAAAAAGGAAAAUUAUGAUAUUCUGAUAUCAAAUUUUUUAAAUGAACCAGCGUUUCUAUUGAUUAGCGCAGCACUUCAAACAAAUGAGAGUGCUACCCCUCUUAAGCUGCUGCAAAAUACAAUUGCUGAUUCCAUGACAAGAUAAGGCUGUGAUUGGUUGCAUAUCAUCACGUGUUAUUCUUCGCAGUCUCAACCGGCUAAUGUGAUCUUAGUUUAAUACAAAUAACCCGGCGGCUACGCGAGACUCGUUGUCUUUAAUUUGAUUUUGAAUACAUCAGGGCUGCCAUUGUGAUGUAGAAACAACACUAUUUACUUUCAUUGAAAAAUUGUUAAACCCUUUGAGCACCCAUUUGUUUUCAAUAAAAGCUUAGAACUACAGACGGAACGUAUACCAAAUCGUAUUACCCUGCAAAAGUGAACGAAAUCUAGAUGAUGCUUAGAUACUUACUCGAAUAAAGAAAGUAGAACAUAUUGAAGCUUUUAGUAGCAAAAUGUGUACAGCUACAUAGUAUAUUAAAUUGGUAUAAAUUUACUUUUCCGCGUGUGCUAAUUAUUUUACUUACAGUUGUGCCAUUUUUCUUGUUUCUCAUAAAAUCUUCCUUAUUGCUAGCCAAGUUUUUACAGAUUUUUUGACAGACCAAUCACAGUCAGCAAGUGUGAAGUCAGCUACAGACAAGUCCCUGAAAAGAAAAGCUGAAAUAAGUGAAGUCUUAUCAAAGACCCUAGGAAGGUAAAUGAGAUAAGAAACAAGGCAUAGAAAGAAAAGAGAGAACAGAUUUUGUAAAGUGAGGAAUGUAUGUUUUUGCUAAUAUUUUGUCCAGAAAUUCUAGGCUUUCACGGAUUUACCAACACCUUCUCUUGCGUUGCCAUAAGCAGCCCUGAUGCCAAAGUUCUUAACAUUUAAUAGGAGAGUCUUGCAAAAUUUGGAGUCAAUCCCCUACAUCAUAACGCUCCACACAUAGAAAGCAAUUAACGACCUCCAAGCGUCAACUCUGAUAUUGCAUAGUGCCCCAACUCUUUGCCCGAAGUUUAAAAAAAACUUUAUUCUAUUCCGGCAUUUAUAGGCUAUUUUCAAAACAACCACAUUUUCUUUUCUGGAGCUAUGAAUUCAAUUACACAUCAGCUGUCUAAUUUUUUCUCCAACGCACAGUUUAAGGUGCCGACUAGUUUAAUCAUCUAAUAAGGGGAGAUAGUUUUAUGCAAACUUCAUCCAAUAAGUAUUACUUCCUUAAAGGAUAAAGUUGAAUACGUGAUCUCUUGUCGCGCUUUCUCAAGUAAGAAUAUUACAAGUACUGCUUUGCAAUUACUUAAUGAAGUUUAUUUAGUCUUGCUCAGCGAAAAAAUGGUACAUCUAACAAAAAACAAAAAGGUCGUUGUUCAAAGCAUUUCAAAGCUGUUUUAUUUUUGGGGACUGAAAAUAAAAUAUAUUAAAAAAAAUCUUUUGGUGGUACAAAACUUAAAAAUGGCUUUAAAAAAGCUAACAUUUGAGUAUACUAAAGCUUUUCGUCUGACACUCUGCAGAGUAUAAAACGUCAGAACAUAAAC